CCAUCCCUCCCUGCCAACGUUUCAAUCUCCCGAUCUCCCCAUCACCACAAACACACAUGGAACGGAUGGCGGCAUGCAUCCAUCUUCAUCACCCAUCCAGGGAUUUUAUUGCCCAUCUCCUUCUAGUGAUGGGAAGAAGGGCGGCUGCAUCUUCUUCUUCCCUAGCGCCGGCUACCUCAGCAAACACCACGGAUGGCAUCUCCACCACUUCCCCGACGGUGAGGCACCUGCCGUGGAGGUGGACUUGCAGGCGCUCCUCCACGCCAACGACGGUGAUCUAUCCCGCUCCCACCUCAACCACGCGGGGUGUCAUCGGCAUCCGGUCGUAAGGCGAAGACGACCCGUCGCCGUUCGUAAGAAAAAGGCCAUGUUGAGAACCACAUGGUGACCGCUCGAGGCAUUCAACUCUCAGCAGCACCCUUAUACCACUCCAACUGGUAUCGUUUCAACGGGUUCCUGUUCUUCUAAAUCAAAGAUAAUAAGGCCAACCAGACAU